AUGGCUAUUCUAUUUCUGGCUUUUAUCCAAGGUGUUCUGGCCUCAGGUGAUGUGGAGGUCCAACCCUUAAUCAAUCCCGCAGUUGUCGGGGACACAGUGACGCUGUCUCUGUCUCCCCCUGCAGCGCUGAAAAGUGGGAGCUGGGCAGUGGGAAAGACCCUCAUCCUCACCUGGCAGGACAACCAGCAGGCAGUCUUCGCCGGUUACAACGGCAGGGCGUCAAUCAACUUCCUCACUGGAGCUCUCACUCUGAGCUCCGUCACGGUGGCUGACUCAGGAGUCUACAUAGUGCAGAGCAGUGACCCCCAGCUUCAGGCCAAUGCUUCCAUCUCUGUUCUGGAGACCGUUUCAAAUGUGACGCUGAGGGCGAAUCAGACCAACCUGAUGGAGCUCAACAGUUCAGUGGCCAUGACGUGCUCCGUCUCCUCUGGAUCCUCGCUCUCUGUCCUCUGGAUGAACGGCAGCUCUGAGGUGACAGAGAGUGACAGAGUUCAGCUCACUGAUGGAAACGCCACUCUCACUAUCAGCAAUGUGAGCCGCUAUGACCAGGGGCCGUUCAGGUGUCACGUGUUCAAUCAUGUCAGUAACGGCAGCAGUGAUCCAGUAAACUUUACCAUCAUCUAUGGGCCAGAUAGCAUGGCCCUAACAGUGAAUGGACAGAACACAACUUCCUUUUCCAUUGGAUCCAAUCUAACCAUGCUCUGCUCAGCACAGUCCAAUCCUCCAGCUCAGCUUCAGUGGGCUUUCAGAGGAGAGCUGGUGAACGCCACGGGUCCCCUGCUGGAGCUGUUCAGUGUCAGCGAGGACCAAAGUGGUCCGUAUUCCUGUCUGGCCUUCAACAAUCACACCGACAUGAACAGCAACAUAACCACACGCAUCAUGAUAGCAAAGUUGUCAGGGACUGAACAACGGGCGGUCAGUGUGUGGCUCCUGCCUCUGCUGUUAAUCUUUGGAUUCCUCUUCUAAUUGCUGGGCAAGCUGUAGAAUAACCACUUGUAAAGAGAUUGUAUUUUUUGUCAUUUAUACACUCUGAAAUGAGAUUCUAAUUUAUGGAUUAACACUAAAUUCUGCUGUUUCCUCAACAUUUUUCUCUCAGGAAAGAAAAAAAUAAGUCAAAUUAUCCCUUAAAACUGUGGAAUAUCUGCAUGAAUUCAGAUCCAUUCAAGUCUUGAACAUGAUACAGUGAGUUUAAUAGUUAGAUAUGUGCAGCAGGGAGCAGAUAUAAGGUUAAAUCUGUUGAGACGUGACUGACAUAAAUAAUGCAACAUGCUGCAUUUAAUGGUUAUUUUCAUUCUUGAUUACUAUGGGGAUCAUUAAUUGUUGUUGUAGGUUGUUCUGAAAAUCAUGAAAGAUUCUUACUUAACUUUAAAAAUUAAAAGAUUCAAAAGAAGCUUGACAAUGAGUCCAAAACCCACAUAUAUUCAAUUUAUUAUCAUUGAAGACAAGAAAUCUCUAAAUAAAUUGCAUUUGUUAGAUGGAGCCAUUUAUUUAUAUUAACGAUUUUGACCAAUUAAAAAUGUAGUCAGUCCUGUUCUAGUCAGUGUCUCCUAAUGACAUGUACACACAGUUCAUUUGUUUCGCCACAUACGUUUUGAGGGAAUGUGUGUCUAA